AGUGAGCACAAAGAUGCUUGCGAGAUCUGGGUUACCGCCAUCGUCACAGGUCGGUGUGCUAAUACCGAGCUCACAAAUGGUUGGAACGCCAGAACCAGCAAUAAAGUUCAAGAAGUAUCGACCAGUCAAGCCAUUGUCAUAUGAGCUUCGAGAUAUCAUCAAUGUACUAGCGAUUAUCGCUACUCUAGCUGUGCAUCCUCUCUGGACCAAUCGAGCUACAGAGCUGGAAAAAGUAAAGACUGCCAACGAUGCACUGGUGUUCCUCAAACAUGUCAAUUCCAUUGUCGGUGCUGCCAGUGCCAACUUCACCUCAGCUUUCAGGUUCCUGGACAAGUUCGACUCGCGAGAUAGACGAAGACGCACUGGAGAUCUCACUCCUGGUACAGAAGAUGACGGCAAGUUUUCAAUCAAAAUGGCCAACAAAGGUGCUAUCUGGAACCUCGCUGAAGACUUUUGGUCCGUGGUCGGCUGGGCCUUCAAUUGUUCAUGUCAGCACCCCAGGCGAUGGGAAAGAUGGAGACCUUGGCUCGAAUUCAUGCUUGGUGCAAUGGAAGACGAUCUGCAAGAAAGGAUCUCUGCCGCCGAACCCCUCAAGGAUGAUGGCAAAGAAGCAGCAGCCAACACACUCCUUUCGGACAGUAUGAUCGCACAGUACUGUCUAACCGCAGGUGACGGUAGAGCCGGCAAACGAAGAGUCAUGAGAGCAAUCCUCGCCAACGGUAGCAAGAAGGAUCUAGACGAGUUCCAUGAAAUCUGGAAGAACGAGACCAAACCNCCGGUUCAGAAGACGGUGGAGGAACUGAUUCCGAGNAAAAAGAUCGACUUUGAUAAGGACGAGUACGGUGACUACAUGGAUGCGGACGACUCCGAAGAAGAGGAAGACGAUUUGCCCUCGACGCCUAAAGCAUCGACCUCGGCGCGUUCGUCGCGUAAGAGAGGACGACCAUCUUCGGCCACACCGGAUCUAGAUGCAGAGAGUGAUUACAGCGUGUCUUCAGAUUAUGGUGGGUAUGAAGCCGUGCACUUGCGCCAGCGCUUGAUUGCUUUGCCUUUCCAUCUUCUAACACUCUGUAGNCUCACACAAAUAUCAUUCAACUACGAACAUGCCUUUAUGGAAGCCGAAGACUGCUUCGAUCUAGUGACCGAGUUCCUCCGCCCUCUGCCAUUGGACACCUUCAUGCUCUUCGUCUCUCCUCCCACCCCUUGGCUAGAACCUCAUUCCCACGCCUCGCUAUGUCAAAACCUCCUUCGGCCGAUCAUUUCCUCCGAAGCACCCACCUACCACGCCGACACAAUGACACAGAUAGAAUUCGAAAAACAUUUCUUGCCAUAUCCCGCAAAUUACACCAAGUACGUCGAGAACGCACGAGUCAGUCUGUUGGUGGAAGCUCUGCUACGAUUGCUGUUCAGACACUCUGCACUGAUUGUUAACGACAGUCUGAAGAGAAAGCUGGACGAAGGCAUCAAAGCUAGGGAGGCAAAGGCAAAGUUUGUCGCGAGAAAGUUGGUUGGUGUCAAAGAAGCUGAGGAGGAGAAGGCUGUAAAGAUGUUGGCGAAUAGUUCGAUGAGGAUGAGAAUGGUGAUUCAGGUUGCUGGUGCUCAGCAACAG